AUGUCGAGUCGGUGUAGUGAGAAGUCGACAAGGAGUCGCUGUGAGUGCCUAUGGGAUGGUUGUGAGAGUGAGUGGAGGGAGCUGAGGGCAGGCCAGCCUGCAUUCCCAUCCCCUCCCAUCUCAUCCAUUCAGCUGCGCACUUGUGUGCCCAUACAGCACAAGCGCAUUACUCGCACUACCCCGUCCUUCCCCCUUCCUGCUUCCCCGCCCUCAAGCUCCGCACCUGUAGCUCCUAUAGCAAGGUCUGCCCUGCGAUUCCUGCCGCUAUGUUGGCUGGCACUGCUCACCCAGGUGCUGUCCCGUCCUCUCCCUUUUCCACCUCCCCCAACCCUUCCCUGCACUUCCUGGGUCCCUUCCUCUUCCCACCAGAUUCUCCUGCCCAUGAUGAGUCUCUGCCCUUGCAAGGCGGGCGCACUGAUCACGGGGAACCAGCGGGCUGCUGAGGGCACUCCUUGCCAAGGCUGCAUGUCUUGUCCUUCCUCAGAGAGGAGCAGAGGAUGUGUGUGUGUGGUGAGAGGGACGUGGGUUGAGCUAAGUCGCUCUCCUCACCUGCUUCUCCUACACAGACUCAUGUCCCAACGGCACUGUCUCCCACAUUUCCCUUACAAGCCACUGCUGUUUUCCCUCCUUUCCCUCCCACCUCCUCCCCUCCAACUCGGCACCUGCUUUCCCUAUUCCAGCUGCGCACCUGCAUCCCCUACAAGGACUUCUGCCCCACAGAAUUCGGCGUCUCCCACGUCCCUCUCACCAGCCAGCCAGUGCUGUUCGCCCCUCUUUCCCUCCCCCCCUCAGCUUGGCGCUUGCGUCGCCUACACCGAUUGUCUGGCCCACCGACUCGCGCCCCUAUGGUGUGGGUGCACAGACGGAAGCACUGUAGAGGCUGCAGACGUGGCAGAGGUGGAAGGAGCUGGGCCGCUGGGUGUCGCGUGGCGGUUUUUGUUUGGGAAGACGAGCCGAGCGAGAAUGGGGUGCGUGGUGCUGGGCGAGCCUGGGGUGGUGCUGGGCGAGCCUGGGGUGGUGCUGGGCGAGCCUGGGGUGGUGCUGGGCGAGCCUGGGGUGGUGCUGGGCGAGCCUGGGGUGGUGCUGGGCGAGCCUGGGGUGGUGCUGGGCGAGCCUGGGGUGGUGCUGGGCGAGCCUGGGGUGGUGCUGGGCGAGCCUGGGGUGGUGCUGGGCGAGCCUGGGGUGGUGCUGGGCGAGCCUGGGGUGGUGCUGGGCGAGCCUGGGGUGGUGCUGGGCGAGCCUGGGGUGGUGCUGGGCGAGCCUGGGGUGGUGCUGGGCGAGCCUGGGGUGGUGCUGGGCGAGCCUGGGGUGGUGCUGGGCGAGCCUGGGGUGGUGCUGGGCGAGCCUGGGGUGGUGCUGGGCGAGCCUGGGGUGGUGCUGGGCGAGCCUGGGGUGGUGCUGGGCGAGCCUGGGGUGGUGCUGGGCGAGCCUGGGGUGGUGCUGGGCGAGCCUGGGGUGGUGCUGGGCGAGCCUGGGGUGGUGCUGGGCGAGCCUGGGGUGGUGCUGGGCGAGCCUGGGGUGGUGCUGGGCGAGCCUGGGGUGGUGCUGGGCGAGCCUGGGGUGGUGCUGGGCGAGCCUGGGGUGGUGCUGGGCGAGCCUGGGGUGGUGCUGGGCGAGCCUGGGGUGGUGCUGGGCGAGCCUGGGGUGGUGCUGGGCGAGCCUGGGGUGGUGCUGGGCGAGCCUGGGGUGGGCUGGGCGAGCCUGGGGUGGGCUGGGCGAGCCUGGGGUGGGCUGGGCGAGCCUGGGCUGCUGGGUGCCCCUUGGCGGUUUUUGGGGAGGAGCGAGCAGAGGGAGGAGGUGCGUUCUGAGUGA